GUGAAAAAGAGGUUUGAAAUACCUCGCAACCCGUUCAGGCACACUUGCCAGGAGCCCACCAGACAGACUUUAGCCGCAGAGUCGGAAAAGAGAGGGAGCGCGUUGCGUACGUGCGCGACCCCGGGGAGAGGCGCUCAUUGUCUACUUUGCCAGUACGCAGAUCAGCCGCAGGUCUACUCCGCGCAACCGACGCGAGGCCAACGACUCCGGUCCGGCGCAGCUGCUGCACCCGAGCGCGAGAAGGUGCGGCGACAACAGCUUGAUUCGUGAGGAGGAGAGAGCGAGCCACCAUCACACACCUCAUACAAGCAUGGCAGAGGCAACUGCCAAGGAGCUGGACGAGCGCUGCUACCUGUCAGCGCAGGCCAUCACCAGCCUGAAGGUGUCGGACCACUUCAAGGUCUUGAAGUUCCUGGGGGAAGGCUCCUACGGCAAGGUCGUGCUGGCCGUCCACAGGAAGAAAGGAACACCAAUGGCGCUCAAGUUCUUCCCUCGUCAGUCCACGAGUCUCGCGUCCUUCCUGAGGGAGUACAACUUGUCUCUUUCCUACUGCACGCAUCCCUCUCUGACGCGCGCGCUGGGCAUCUUUUUUUCCACACCGUCGCACUACGUCUUUGCCCAGCAGGCCGGCCUCUACGGGGACCUGUACAGCGUGAUAGUCUCGGAGGCCGGCCUGGGCGAGGAACAAGUCCAGAGGGUGAUGUCCCAGCUGAGUGGCGCCGUGACCCACCUCCACACCCUGGGCUUCGUCCACCGGGACAUCAAACCCGAGAACAUCUUCCUGUGCGACAACACGUGCCGCUGGGUCAAACUGGGCGACUUCGGCCUGACCCGACCCAUCGGCUACACCGUCGGUGCCGUGUGGUAUGAGUCGCCCUUCUGCACCCCCGAGGUGGAACCCGUCAAGGAGCAGGAGAAGGCUACGGAGUGUGAUGUCACAGAGGAGAAGGAGGAGAAGGAGCCUCUUUGGAUCAGGGUGGAGCCCUGCAUCGAUAGCUGGGCUCUGGGGAUCCUCACCUACUGCCUCCUGACUGGCUGCUUCCCCUGGGAAGAGAGCACCACCGAUGACCCCGGAUACACCAAAUACAAAGCCUGGUUUGAGCGCGAGGGCGGCAGUGGAAGCGGCGAGGAGGAAUCGGACUCCUCCGCCAUCAUGAAAGAGAACCACCGGAACAACCUGCCUCCGACACAGUUCCGCGGACUCGGCUCGUUGGUCAUGGCUCUUUUCCGACAAUUGCUCAACCCUGACCCCGAGCUGCGAGGGAACCCCGAAGAGAUCCUGAGCUACCUGGGAGGACCCUGGCUCAUGAAGACGGAGCAGGAGGAGAGGAGGAGGGCUGAGGAGACCGAGCGGGAGGCCAGGAAAAUCAGGGAGGCGGGAGGAGGAGUCGAGGAGGAGAUUGUCAGGGAAGGAAGAUGGGAGAGAUAAGCCAACAUCAGGGUCGGGGUCCCCCCCCCCCAUUUGACCAGAUACACUCCUCACAAAAAGUUCAGGAUAUUGGGCUUGAGGUUGACAUUUCAGGGUCAACCUAAAAUGCUCCAGAACCAUUACCAGUGAACUUAAAUUUGACCUUCUCGAACUUUGGAAUGCAAAUGUUCAGUACUUUUUUCCACAAUUCUCUAUUAAGAUCUCUCAUCAAAAUUUUUGGUAUCUCUUGAAAGUUCUCAAUUUCCAGAACUUUUUGUGAGUACAAUGGUGCCUUGAGAUAUUAUAUCAUCACAGCCUCCCCAGAAAGAACAAAUAUUUCAUAUCGUGACACCAAUCAUUUUUGUUAGCCCGUUUAUGGCGUUUUGCGGUGUUUAUGAGCAUUAAGCUAGCGAGUUCAAGCGAAACAUCGGCCGGACGACGGCUCGUAUCUCAGAAAAACUCGGGUCACUUGUAUCUCAAGGCGUACACUGUUUUGUAUAUUUUGGUGAAACUCAUCGCGUGUGACUUGACACAACAUCAAACGCGAUCCAACGCAAGAGCUGGAUCAGCAAAAAGACAAUAAUGUUCACUUUGACGGACAUACAACAACACAUUGAGGAGUGUCGCGAAAUAUUAGAAGCACCUACCAGUAGCCUCUUAUGUAACGAAAAAAAAAUUAACUCACGUCAUUUUCAUGUUUUACAUUAUCUUUGUUCAGAAAGAACUGCACUGAAUCUUGAUGAAUGCAAUAUUGCAGGUGUACCUAAUGUUGUGGCCAGUGAGUGUAUAAAAGAUACUAAAUUGCACAUAUUAGGUUCUUAGAUAUUUUCCAUCCAUUUUUUAAAAAACAUAUACAGUUUAUAUGUAGAUAUCAUUGUCACUACUGCUGUUGUAUAGAUUCCAGUGUGUAAAUAUGUGUGUUUUAAUAAAAAGAAGAGUAUGAUAAACAUUCAUGGUUCCGUCUGUAAAAUUAUACCUCUUUCUUCAUUGGUGUUAAACUCAAGGCCCGAGGGCACGAUCCGGCCUGCCACACCAUAUUAUGUGGCCCGCAAAGCAAUUUUAUUAUGUCCACUGCAUUGUUUCUCGCUAAAUGACCACAACUGAAAAUUGUCCUCACUCUUAAUAACUUUGAGAUAUUGCAAGCAUUUUGUUCUCAGUCCCCCUUUUGAAAUAGAUUGAAAAAUAGUAGAUUUUUUUUUACGGGCUUCUGUUGUGUACAUGUGGUAAUAUGGGAGGAACAUGCAUUUGUAUGGGUUCAGAGUUAUAAUGCCCCCUCCAGGAGAAACCCUAAUGAGAAAAAUGAAUUUGACACUCCUGCUUUACUUUCUAUUGGCUGUGAACUAAGACCAAAAAUAAUGGUUUUGGAAAAAAGUCAUUAAAUACCAAAUAUUUUAGGUCAGCCCCACUACAAUAACAUAUUUUAUUUGCUGGAGAGAAAAAAUGAGUAAAAAAAAACAAAACAAAAUAAUAAAUCAACAUAGCCCCCUCCACCCAAAGUUGAACUAAUUGCUGUUCAAUUACGCUCCUAUAGAUGGCAGUGAUGAGCUCUCCAAAAUGUCAGCUAAAGGUCCAACGACCAUGAAAAAAUAUUACAAAUGUAGAACAUCAAAGUACAAAUUUGUCAGAAAAAUAAACACUAAGAAUCUGGCAAUCAACGAUGUAUUUUUGUGUAUUUGUUACUUUGUAUCUCUGCAACAAAAAAAAAAAAAGUGCGAUAUAAUAUACACACACUGACCUCUAUUCUAAAUGCUUGCCCUACAUCUGUGACAGGGGCACAAUCACUGCAUGAAAAAUAAUUCGCACUCAGGCUACGGCGCCCCCCCCACCACCCCCCCCCCCGAAAAAAUGUGAAGCAAAGUUUCAUGGCCAUACGGUACACUGAAUCAUGCCAUGGUAAUUCCGCCAGUCAAAAUAAAUCGGAACAACCUCGCACAGCUUAACGAUGGAUUCACUCUGGCCGCGCUAAUUAAAAAAAAAAAAAAGAAAGGGGGAGGAUGUAACGUGACUUAAGAUUUCGUGCUGCUUAGUAAGAGACUUUGUAGCAGUGG